UCAGCUGGGGUUAUCACACUCGCAAUUCUGCGUGUUUCUAUUUUUUUACCCUUAAUAAUGAAAUAAAGUAUUUCAAAUGGUUAGUUAAAAUAAAAAAUACGUUUAUAGAGAACUUCUUUCCAAUGCCGAUUACGCCGCUCAGGAUGUUUAAAUUACUCACUCAAGCAGCUAGGACAAGUUUGCGUUCUUUUCGGUUAUUACACGGUGACUCCAAGCGUAACACCAAAUCAAUCGCUAAUGUGCACGAUACCCGAAGGAAAUUGUUUAGUAGCGCCCCUGUGGCCGCACCUGUAGGUGACAAUACUCGUCAUUGCAAUGUGGGCACAAUUGGCCAUGUCGAUCACGGUAAGACCACACUAACCUCUGCUAUAACAAAGAUACUCGCAGAAAAGGGCUUAGCACAGUAUCAAUCCUACGAACAGAUUGAUCGUGCACCAGAGGAAAAGGCGCGCGGCAUAACAAUCAAUGCUUGUCACAUAGGAUAUGCAACUGCAGAGCGCACCUAUGCGCACACCGAUUGCCCGGGCCAUGCAGAUUACAUAAAGAAUAUGAUAUCUGGGGCUUCACAAAUGGAUGGCGCUAUUUUGGUAGUUGCGGCCACCGAUGGUCAAAUGCCACAAACCCGUGAGCAUCUUCUAUUGGCCAAACAAGUUGGUAUCGAUAGAAUUAUUGUUUUCAUAAACAAAGCGGAUUUAGUAGAUAAGGAAGUAUUAGAGCUUGUAGAAAUAGAAAUGCGCGAAAUGCUUACAGAUUUUGGAUUUGAUGGUAUUAAUAGUCCAGUAAUCUGUGGCUCUGCAUUGCUGGCGUUGAAAGGCGAUAAUUCAUCAUUUGGCGUACCAGCAAUUGAAACUUUACUGCAGCACAUGGACUGUUAUGUGCCCACUCCAACGCGUGACUACACAUCGCCAUUUAUACUGCCAAUUGAUAAUGCCUUCACUGUAGCGGGCCGUGGCACAGUAGUGGUUGGCACCAUUAAACGCGGAACUAUGCUGAAAAAUGAUUUAGCCGAUUUAUUAGGUUUCAAUCAGAACAUUAAAACUAGUAUAGGUGAUAUUCAAAUAUUCAAGAAGAGCGUGCCGAAGGCUGUGGCAGGUGAAAAUGUUGGGGUAUUAUUGCGUGCCGUCAAAAUCUCAAGCGUAGAACGUGGCAUGCUUUUGUGCGCCGCGGAAACUGAGAAAAUUUCGAAUCACUUCGAAGCAUCCAUGUAUCUAUUAUCACGUGCCGAAGGUGGUCGUACCAAGCCAAUGCUCUCGCGUUAUAUACAGCAAUUGUUUAGCGCAACGUGGAAUGUACCGGCACGUAUUGAUAUUGUACCUUCUGAUGGUAUGCUAAUGCCGGGCGAACAUGGCAAAGUGCGUAUAACAUUACUGCGCAAAAUGGUUUUAAUACCGGGACAAGCAUUUACGAUAAGAGAGAAUGGCGCAACAGUUGCAACGGGCAUGAUAACCGCACGUAAAUCUUCAUUGGAUAUACCUAAGAAUAAGCUAUCUAAAAUUGUAGUAACUUGUUGAAGAAUUGUAAAUAAAAUGCAAGUUUUUAAAUUAUA